AACAACAACAACAACAACAACAACAACAACAACAACAAAGAUACAUGUGCAUCAUAUCAAGGCGUUUAACGAUGGUGUCGGGCUUACUCGGCCUGGCCGUAACUGGCUGCGUCUCGGGUCUUACGGUAGAUUUUAUAUUUACAUAUAUAUCCAUAUACAUACAUAUAUACUACUUACAACGAGCUUUUAGGCCGCGGGCUAUUAUAUAUACUUGGGUAUCUAUCUAUCUAUCUAUCUACCUAUAUAUUCAUCAAUAAGGGGUAGAGUGGUCGUGGGGUUCGUUGAUGGGAUAAUAAAG